UCGAGGAGUUGAGGUGGAUAGUGAGAAAGUUAAGGCUAUUAGCGAAUGGCCAACUCCCAUGAAUGUUGGGGAGGAUAAGUUGUGCAAUGCUCCUCUACUUGCUUUAUCGAACUUUGAUUUGACUUUUGAAAUUGAAUGUGAUGCAAGUGGGAUUGGAAUUGGGGCUGUACUAAUGCAAAACCAUAAGCCACUAAUGUUCUUUAGUGAAAAGUUGAGUGGUGCUUCUUUACGGUACCCAACUUAUGACAAAGAACUUUAUGCUUUGUAUAAACAAGGUAAGGAGAACAUUGUUGCAGAUGCUUUAUCACGAAGGUAUGCUCUCUUUAAUACUUUGAAUGCUAAGAUUUUAGGAUUUGAACAUCUCAAGUCCUUGUAUCUAGAUGAUGUGUUCUUUGCUCCUUUUGUUGAAUCGUGUGAAAAAGGACUUGUUGUUGAUGAUUACAUGUUGUUUGAAGGAUUUUUGUUUCGAAAAGGAAAACUUUGCAUUCCAUCUUGUUCAAUUCGUGAAUUGCUUGUAAAGGAAGCUCAUGGGGGUGGUUUAAUGGCUCAUUUUGGUGUUUCUAAAACUUAUGAUAUGCUUGCUGAACAUUUUUAUUGGCCUAAGAUGAAGCAUGAUGUGCAUAAAGUGUGUAAGCAUUGUAUUGCAUGCUCUGAUAAAAGAGCCUAA